CCCAUAUCCCAAAGGAAGCCCUCCUCGUCUGUUGCCGUUACUGACAGGCCACCCGGUUCGGAGCCAGCCUCCAAUACGAUAAAGUUUUUUACCCCAAUCUCAUGCAAACGAUGUGCAGCGCCUAAGCCACAAGGUCCAGAGCCGAUGACAACGAUUGGAGGCUCCUCUGUGGGAGCCAUGAAUCUAUAUCUCUUCGACGAGCACGGGACGGCCCCAGAGGGGGGAGAACAUGCCCUCAUGAAGGUAAGAGCUGU